AUGUCGAUAGGCGAGAAUCAGGCUACUUCUCCCAACGUCCACUCCGGCUCACGGGUUGUGAUUGUCACCGGCGGCGCAGAUGGCUUCGGGGCAGCAAUUGUCGAUCGAUUCAGCAAGGAGGGCUGCAAGGUGAUUUUCAUUGACCUGAAUAGAGACAAGGGUGAGAAGAAGGUCGAGAAAAACGCCGGCCUCCACUUCAUCUGCGGCGAUGUGACCUGCCGCGAGACUUGGGAAGAGGCCCUUCGCUGUGGGAGAGAAUCAUUUGGAAGAGUUGAUAUUGUCGUCAAUAACGCCGGCAUCACAUACAGCCCAUCACCCGUACACACCAAGCCCAUUGAACAAUACGACAAGAUCUUCAAUAUAAAUCUCAAGCCUGUAUUCCUCAGUGCCCAAGUGAUCUGUCCAUUCAUGCUUGAGCAGGGAAGCGGGGCUUUCAUCAAUAUCACGAGCACGGGUUGUACCCGACCUCGACCAGGAUUCGCCUUCUAUAACGCUUCGAAGGCCGCGGUUAAUAUUGCAUCCAAAACAAUGGCCCUCGAGUAUGCUCCUACCAUUCGAUUCAACUGCAUUUGUCCAGCCGUAGGAAAUACGUCCAUGCUCCAAGCGAGCAUUGGGGAUGGAACAGAAGCACAGGCAAAAUUACGCCAACUAGAAGAGAUGUUGCCAAUGAGAAGAGUGACGGAGCCGGAAGACAUUGCCAAUGCAGCAUGGUUCUUAGGGUCGGAUCAAAGUUCGUUCAUCACAGGUACCACGAUCGAGGUAGAUGGUGGUCGAGGAGUGUAG